AAACAUUAUCUAUUUAAUUUACUCGAAAAUUCAAAAGUCGGUGCCUUGAAAUCCUUGCAAUUUCAUUUCACAUUAGUUAUUGCUAAAAAUUUGGAUCACUCCUACUCAAAGAUCAGAUCCAUUAUCAUCAAAGAAGAAAAACUGUGAAGCAUGGUUGAUGCAGUAGUUUCAUUUGUGAUACAAAAGCUUGGAGAUUAUAUCAUCCAAGAAGCAGUGUUCUUACGAGAAGUAAGAGAUGAAGUGCAGUUGCUAAAGAAUGAGUUGGAAUGGAUGCAGUGUUUCAUCAAGGAUGCUGAAGAAAAACAAGUUGAAGAUGUUAUGAUUCGCAAGUGGGUGUCUGAUAUCAGAGAAAUUGCUUAUGAUACCGAGGAUGUCUUGGAUAAAUUUAUGCUCAAAAUCGAUAAGGAAAAGACUCUGAGUCAAAAGCAAUCGGAUCUCUUUACUUCGAUCAGGAAGAAUUUCUGCAUAUUUUAUAUAGGCAAGAAGAUCCAUUUGUAUGGUAUAGGCAAGGAGAUUGAAUCACUUCAAAAGAGGAUCACUGAUCUAUCUCGUAAACGGGAAUUUUAUCGCCUUGAAGAUAUUGGCAACAGAAGGGAAGGAAAGAGCAAGAAUCUUGAGAGGUUGAAAGAUUUAAGAAGAGUAACUUCUUUUGCACUUGAUGAGAACAUUGUUGGCCUUGAGGAUGAUGCUAAAAUGUUGUUGGGUAAACUUCUUCAAGAUGAGCCACGGCGUUUGGUAGUUUCCAUCUUUGGCAUGGGGGGUUUGGGCAAAACCACUCUCGCUAAAAAACUUUACCACAACAUUGAUGUCUUGAAUAAAUUCAAAUUUCGAGCUUGGGUGUCUGUCUCUCAAGAUUACAAAACUGAAGAUCUUCUCCGACGAAUUAUAAAGUCUUUUGAAAUCAAAAUUAAUGGAAUGGAAUUAGAGAAGAUGACCGGAGAGGAUUUGGAGAGGUGUCUUUAUAAAUCUUUACAAGGAUGCUCAUAUUUGGCGGUGAUUGAUGAUGUAUGGCAAAGAGAAGCAUGGGAGAGUUUGAAAAGAGCCUUUCCUGAUGACAAUAGUGGAAGCAGAGUAAUAAUCACAACUCGCAUCAAAGCAGUAGCCGAGCGUUCGGAUGAGAGAAUUUAUGUUCAUAAACUUCGUUUUCUUAGGCCCGAUGAGUCUUGGAAGCUAUUUUGUGAGAAAGUCUUCCGAAAAUCAGAUGUGAACAAAGAAUUGGGGAAGCUAGGAAGAGAAAUGGUUGAAAAAUGCCGCGGUCUGCCCCUUGCCGUAGUUGUAUUAGGUGGGCUUUUGUCUACAAAGAAACCACGAGAGUGGCAGGCGGUGCGUGAUCACAUUUGGCAACAUUUGAGGAAUGAUUCGAUUCAUAUAUCUUAUUUAUUAACUUUAAGUUUCAAUGAUUUGUCUUAUCAAUUGAAGCUAUGCUUUCUUUAUCUUGGAAUCUUCCAAGAGGAUUCUGAGUUUUUCAUAGAGAAAGCAAUCCGAUUAUUAGUGGCAGAAGGUUUUAUUCGAGAAGCCGAUGAUCGAGUAAUGGAAGAAGUAGCGAAAGGUAACGUGGAUGAGUUAAUCAAUAGAAGCUUGAUUCAAAUAGAAAGCAUACAUCGGGGGAGAGUUGAGACUUGCAGAAUCCAUGAUCUUUUGCGUGAUCUUGCAAUUCAAAAAGCAAAAGAGGUCAAUUUCAUUGACAUUUACGAUGGAAUUCACCAUCCAACUUGCUCUCCAACUCCAUCAGCAUCUCGCCGACUUGUUUUUUAUCCUAAAGCAAGUUUUUGGUUCCCACAUUGUAAUUUUCUAUCACGUUCCCUCUUGUUAUACCAUCGAGAUAAGAACUCGUUCCAUGAAAUAUCAAUAGCUGUUUGCACAAGACUCAGGUUGCUAAGAGUUCUUUAUGUUGAAAACUACGGAGGAUCAGUUCAACUUUAUAGCUUACCGGAGGAGAUAGGCCAGUUGGUCCACUUGAAAUAUUUGACGAUAAGGAUUACAAAAAUAAGUAAUCUUCCAUCAUCCAUUGUUAACUUGCGGAGACUGCAAACUCUGGACUUGUACACUCAUUAUCGCUCGCUCGAGUUACCAAAUGGAAUUGGCGAAUUACAAGAGUUGAGGCAUCUAAUUGGAAAGUUUGGAGGGCCUCUGCCAAUAGACAGUUUGACAAACCUCCAGACUUUAAAAUUCAUAAGCUAUGAAAAGUGGAUUAAAGUUCAUCCAGAAAAGCUGGUUAAUCUUCGAGAGCUACACAUUCAUCAUUAUGACGCUGAACGACGUGAAGCAUUCAUAUUCGACUCUAUUGCCAAGCUGAAAAACAUCAGAAUUUUAUCUGUUGAACUGUCCAGUGUCCAUUCUUUCACUUCACUGCAACCACUUUCUCAUUGUCCUCGUCUCCAGGAUAUGACUUUGGAUGGGAAGAUAGAGGAACUACUACCAGACAUGUACACAAUCUUGCCAAAUCUCGAAUCCUUAUCGUUAAGGAAUUCAAAUCUUGAGGAGGACCCCAUGCCUAAGUUAGAGAAGUUACCAAACCUGGUAAGUCUUGAAUUGCUGGUUAAUUCUUACCAUGGAAAGAAAAUGGUAUGCAGCAAAAUGGGUUUUUCUCAGCUUGAUAAUUUAGAUAUUCUUGAACUGGAUGAAUUGGAGGAGUGGCGAGUAGAGGAAGGCGCUAUGCCUAUGCUUAAGAAUCUGGAGAUCAAGCCAGGAAACUCCAAGUUGAGAAUUCCAGAAAGAUUGAUGUCAAUGGCUGCACCAAACAGUAGAUAUCUUACUCGAUGCUACUUUCCGUUUGUUUUUUAAUAUAUAAUUGUCAAUGCUUUGUUUUUUUUUUUAAAUUGGUAUUAAGUUGUUUACUAAAUAUGAACAAUAGUGAACUGUGGAUGAGGUUUAAGUCACUUAUUCUGCAGUUGUCACACAUAUAAUACUAACCUUCAAUUACUAUCCU